AUGGGCAACGAUUUGUCGGCCAUGUCGGGUGGGGGCCGCAAUCUUGAGGUUUGGAGUGAAGCACGCGCCAGACGCGUUGCGAACGAGCUGCCGACCCCGCGCACCAUCCCUCUCGGUCACGGGGAUCAUCUCGUGCCGCCGGCACUGCUCCUGGACGCCGAGAUGCGCUCAGCCGCAGACGACGCAAGUAGCACCUCCUCGUUGCGGUCUGCCGGCACGGUGUCGACCUACUCCACUCAGCACUCGGAGAUUUCAAAGGCAAACCAAAUCCCAGAUCCACAGCCCCGGAGGCGUAGCAUGUCGAUGAGUGAUAUGAACGCUGCGACAGCCUUGCUGGCAGCCGCAGCGCCGCCACAGCAGCAGCAGCGACAGCUGCAGAGGCGCACGCAAUACUCCAUGUACGCUCGGCAAAUGCGGCGACCCGGCUGUGACAGGGGCCGGUACGGGUUGCAGCAUCACAACAGCGGCGUUGACUUCAUGGUCGCCAACGAUUUUUUCAACCGCAGCGACAGCACCCUUGGCAGCGAGGCGGAUCUCGAUAGCAGCAGUGGCAUUGGGAGCAGCGGUAGCAAUGAUGAGGAGGAUGACGCAGGAGGGGUGCACCACCGUUCUGGCAUGGUACCAAGGGAGCCCACCUUGCCGUACGGUUCCGGCCGCCGCCUGACCGGCAACGAGCUCUCUGCGCAUCCCCCGCGGCGUGAGCGAAACGAGGUGGAUGGAGCGCCGGCCCUCGUCUCGACUGCUACGGCCGCUGCCGCCGCCUCUACUACGUCGCCACCGCACGCGAAGUCGAGCAGCACAGGCAGGGCAGAGACGAUAACGACGAAGACCGUCUCCGUGGUAGUCUCCGGCGUGGACUGCAGCAGUGAUCCCCCGCUAGCUCUCACCAGCAGCCGCAACAGCAGCAACGGCAGUCACGACAGCAAGUCCUCGGCUGCGAGUUUGAGGAAAGGCGGUGCCACGCCCUUGCCGUCGGCGAGGCAGGGCAGUUGGCACAAGCGGCUCUUGCGGCCCGCCUCACGGGGCAGCAUUCGAGAUGACAGCAUCAGCGGCAGCGCCACGCAGCGGGGCUCGCCUGACGCCGCCGAUGGUGUUCUCAGCUCACACGAGGAAAAGAAGUGCAAGACGAGCAAGCGAAGAAUCCACCCGGAGGGACUGUUGGAGCUGAAGCGUCUGCAUCGCACGCGCAGCUCAGUGGCAGCGCCGCGAACGUCGUCCGCGACAGCCGGUGCCGCGACCACCGCGAUCGGCGUAGAGGCGCUGGUGUCGUGGAUGAAGCUGUCCACCACGAAGGAGUCGCCGCGCACCGAAGCGAAGUGGCGGCACACCAGUGGCGACCUUAGCGGCUGCACCGCGCCGCCUCUGUCGAAUGAGAAGCGAGGCGGCCAGUGCGGCUCUUUCACGCGCGUGUCGUCCCCGCCAGCGCAGCAGCAUCACACCACCGGCAAGGAUAGCAGAGGUAGACCCGGCGCGAACAGCAGCGGCGGCCCGCCUCACUCGUCGGAGUCCCCGACGCACCAUCACAGCCGUCAAGUGCAACAUCGUCACUGCGGUGGAGACGAUGGCAACAAUGCCGUUCCAGAAACGGUGUUGCCCCGCCUUGUAGAUACGAAGCAUCACCAUCGCCAGCCCAGACGCAACCGCAGCCUCGGUGGCACGCUCGACCUGCACGACGAGGGCCCCAACGACUUCUUCGCUUCGACUCAGCGGAGCGGGCAGUACCGCAUGCUUUACGGAAUGGACAGCGACAAUAGGAGCUCAACCGCCUCCAUGCGCGAGGCCGUGUGCAUGGCUACCGGCGGCGGCGGGGCGGCAGCGCACUCCUUCGGAAGCCUCUUCGCCGGCUCGCGGGCCGCUUCGCUAUACUCGGUGUCGUCGUCACCCGGGCAAGCGUGGACAGGUGACUAUGCUGACGGUGGAGUGAUGCAGCUACCAGCCGCGGUGGAUCACCGCGCACUGGACAUGCAGAAAGCCGACGACGGCGGCGGCACGCGUGAGGCCAGCCGGCAUCACUCCAGUCGUGUACUGCCCUGCAGCGGAAGCGGCGUGGCGUGUGUGAACAACACAGGCGCCUUUGACGCGACCUCGCAACCGCAGCAGGCGGAUCUGCAGCGCAGCAUGAAGACGCACCUGCAGCGGAUGACCUACACGUCGAAGUCGCCCAGCCUCGUCACCAGCAACCAAGUUGUCUCUGCAAGGCCGGAGAAUAGCCAAGGUAUCCAACACUCGCUGAUAUCUGCGUUGCCGAUGCCUCCGAGUGUCGUCGCUGCCGAAGCGCCUGCCAACCGCGGGCACGUCGGCGCCCCCGCAGGGAUGCGCGAAGCGCUGUCAGCCGGUGCGCCGUGCCGUGACGGCCACGGCCACGUCCACACCGCCGCUAGCGUGAGCAGAUGCAGCAGCGGGGAUCGCAGUAUCAGCCCCGACGUAAGUGUCAGAGAGCUCGUGAAGUCGCCAGCCAAGGCAGUGUCGCCGCCGCUCCUGCCACAGCCACCCCCGCCACAGACGGCAGUGAUGCGGGCUAAGACACAUAGCUUCCGAGGACACGGUGGCGGAGGUAGACCCACGAACCUGUCCGCCACCGAAGGUGUGGCGGCGUCCGCGGUGUCACUGAAGAGGCACAGCAGCUGCGCUGGCCGGCGGCAUCAUCACAGCAACGGUGACGACACUCUGCACGCGACGGCGAGUGUCCUCACCUCGGUAAAAGGCAGCGGCAGCGGCAGCGCAUCGCGGCCGACGCGGGCGGACAGCAAGGACCUCAUUCUCCGUCCCGACCGCACUGCCUCUGCACGCCGUCACCGCCGCGGUGGUGGCGAUGAGAACGUGCCGGAAGGCAGUGACAGUCGCCAGCGGCGCCCGCAGAACCGAAAACUUUCUGCCAGGAUGCACUUCACCUCUUUCAGCUUCAGCAGUGACAGCUUCCUAUACGGCAAGGUGCGUGGCCGUCUAGCGAAGGCGGCGGCAGUGGCUGCAAACUCGAACAGCAUCGAGCGUCGGCGUCACACGUCGGGCUGUGGAAGCAGCGGAGGCACACAGGCGCAUGCGCGUCACCACGCUCACACUGAAGUCGACUCGGUUGCGCUGGGGGCCUCCCCAUCCGCAUCAUCGCGCAAGGGCGAGGCCGAGUGUCGCCAUCGCGGCAGCGGGUGCGACAAUGAGAGUGAGAUGGGCAGCGUGAUGGCUGACUUGGACGACCUCCUCCUCGGCGCCGAUGGCAGGGCCCCCUUUGGCAACCUGACAGCGCUCUACCUGCGCUCCGUCUCAUCAUCGUUGUCACUGGCGCCAUCGUCCCGAAACAGCAGCACCAACGGCAGCUGCGUCAGCAGCGGCUCCGUGCGUGCGCUGCGCAAGAGGGCUGCGAGAGCGCGGGACCUGUCGGCCAGCUCGUCGGUCGACUCCGAGGCGAUCGGCCGCCUUCAUCCACAUUGGACAGCGCCGCCGCUGCCCCAGCAGCAGCAGUAUGGAGAAGCUGGUGCGACGGCAACGGCAUCGUCAAUGUACCGCCUGCCCCUCGUGAAGACGUCGAACAGCUGCGGUGGAGCUGUGGCCUCUAACGGAAGCGCGAGCAGCGCCGUGACCGGUGGAACGCGCGGCAUGAACCUGCAAUCCAUUAAGCCGAACAUGGCCGUAGAUGUUAGCAGCAGCCCUGACGCGAGCAGCGACCGCCCUGCGAACAUCAACUACGUUCUUCAGCCGCUGCGAAGCCCGGCGGCGAACGGCUCGACAACGAUGGCAGCAGCGUCACCAGAGGUCCACGGCGUAGCCAAGAGCCACAGCACGUCCUCUGGCAGUGGCGUUGCCGCAGACACGUCGGGUGCGAUGCCGACGGUCCAUGGACACGAAAAACCGUCCCAGCGGCCCUCCAUGGCGCCCAACGUACCUUGCGCCCUCUUCAGUGGCAAUGGCGGCGGUGCGCACCUGCCACGAAUGCCGCCAACAAGCUCGCCUCGACACGCCAGCAGCAAGAGAAAUGAUGGCACGGACUCCUUGACGGUGUCGUUCCCGGACGCCAACGGCCGUGGCGACGGUGGUAGUGGUGCUGCUGCGUCGUCCUCCGCGGCGUCGCUGUUGGCAGGGCAAUCCCGUGACUCGAGUGCGAAGCGACGUCGCCCCACGACGCAGAGGUUCACGCCGUGGUCUGUGGGCACGAGCCUCUUCAAGGCGCUGCAAGAGGCGCAGGAGCCGCCGAGUUAG